AUGGGUAAUUCUAUUUAUACUAUUUUCAUGCCUCGUGAAGCAUUUUCCAGAAGAACAAAUGCAGAACUUGUGUCUAAAGCUUUAAAUCGACUUGAUAUACCUGCAAGUGUAAAUGAAAGACAUGAUAUUGUGGUUGACGAACAUAAAGUGUCAGGAAGUGCAUAUAAAAUCACUAGUUCAAGAGCUUAUCAUCACGGAACUAUGUUAAUUGAUGCAAAUAUAGAUAAUUUAAAAGGAUGUUUAUCUAAAAAACGAAUGAAUAACAAAGGCAUCAUUUCAAAGGGCGUCGAAUCAGUUCCUUCCCCAGUAACUAAUUUACGGGACUAUUCUUUUACAAUCGAUCAUCAACAGUUUUGUGAGUCAGUUUUAUCAGAAUUUAUUCUUUCCUAUAAUAAUGGUAUUCCUGUUAAACCAAUUCUGUUUGAUACACUUCCUAAACAACUGGAAACAACGAGACAAGAAUUAAUGACUUGGGAAUGGAUUUAUGGCCAAACUCCUGAAUUCACCAAUACAAUAGAAGCAAAUUUAUCUUGGGGAAAUAUAAAAGCACAUUUAUUAGUAAGACAUGCAAAAAUUAUUAAAGCAGAUAUUACUACAAGUCAUGAUCUAUUACAUGAGUCUACACUUGCAGCAGCUAUAUCCGUUGCCUUAGAAGGAUUACCCUAUUCACGAUUUGCAGUAGAUGAAGCUAUCAAUAAAAUACAUUGUGACGUACCAGGAUUAAUCAAUAUGGACAAUGAACAUAUUUCAAAAGAAAUUAGAGAUUGGUUAUUUAGUAGAUUAUAA